AAGCUCAAAAAAUAGUAAACUUAUAAGCUGGGAAAGACAUUUUAGCAUUAAAGAUAAGACAAUGGGCGGAGUCUAAUUUAAAUGAAAUCAGGUAGUUAUGACGAAAGCCGCAAGAGAUAGACACUCCUGUUCGGCGAACAUCGUGCUAGGUGCUGGCAGACCCGGUCGAGAGCUCGACCCGAAGCCAUGGACAGCUACAUGAAGAAGAUGGUGGCGGUGUUCGUUCUGUCGAUAGUGGCCGUCAUAACUGCGGAGUCUAUCAGGUACCUCGCCGCCAUCGAUAGCAGAGAACAGCUGAUGGUGGUGCACGAUGCAGACCCCGGAGCGGACGACGCCAUGGCGAUGUUGAUGCUGCUGUCGGGGAAGAGUCGCGCUCAGCUGAUAGCGGUCACCUGCGUCACCGGGAACACGGGGGUCACGAACGGUACCCAGAAUGCCUGGCUGACACUGGAGGUGGCCAACCGAACCGAAAUACCAGUCCACCGCGGGGCCGCCCACGGCUUGGUCUCCGACAUCAGGUCCGACAACUACUUCGGCUACGACGGCUUGGGCGACGCGAUGCCGAAGCCUUUGGAAGCGCUCGUGGCUGAACGACAUGCGGCUGCGGCCUUAGUCGACAUCGUCAAGACCCAUCCCGGAAAGGUUUCGGUCCUCUGCACGGGCCCCCUGACUAACAUCGCACUCGCUAUUCAUCUUUACCCUAAGUUCCUGGAGGAGAUUAAGGAAAUGGUCGUUUUUGGAGGAUCCUACAGAGGCGGUGGUAACAAGAAGCCAGGAGCGGAAUUCAACAUCGUCUUCGACCCGGAAGCCGCGGCCUUGGUGUUCUCCAAAGCUCCUCAGGACAAGCUGAUCAAGUUGGUUCCGCUGGAAACCGUCGAAAGCAACUCCCUUCCGCUGGACUGGAGACUAAACGCGCUGGGAGGGCUCGACUCGAACUGGAUUCGCUUCCUCAACCUGGCCGAGGGCAAGACCUUCCCGAAGAUAUCCAAGUGGUCGCCCUUCGACCAGACGGCCGCAGCGAUCCUCCUGGACCCCAAGAUCGCCACUGCAUGGACCGACACCAAGAUCUACGUGGAGACCUGCGGCGAGCAUGGACGCGGCGCGGUCUUCGUCGACUACCAGUCCACUACCAGCAACGUCAGGAUCAUCACUGACGUCAAUAUAGACCUGAUAAAGAACAUGCUUCUCUCCUACCUAGCCUGAAGUGGCAGAGCUAAGCAAAACGAUUUGCAAUAGAUAUGGGUUAACGCGAAACGUCGAGUAAUACUUGGACAUAUUAAAAUAAUUUGAAAUAUUAUUGAAGGAAGCUAGUCGACUAUUCUACAUAUGAUGGGUGAUAAAUAUUCAGGACGCAAUCUUUUUAAUUUUUUUUUUUUUUAAAUUACAGACAGUACUUGAACACCCUCAGUGCUCAAACCACGCCCUGAAGAUGACAUGUUAGGAUUGAAACGUUGGCUCGAAUAAAAAGUUAAUUUUUUUUUUUUUUUAAAACACUGCGUCCUGAAUAUUCAUCACACAUAAUUUGAAAUAUUCUCAAAUCAACCCAAAUCAUUGUAUGAACAGAUAAGUAGAUGUGUAAAUCACGUAAGAUCCAAACUCAGCCACUGUAAGUGGGGUAUGGCUAUUGCAUACAGAGAUUGAUGAAGUAGAACAUUUUAUAUUUAUUUACAUAUGAUCAUCUUCAAUAUAAACAUUUCGCUGUAUUAUAAAUAAUAUAAUAUAAACAAAGCCUACGGGAGGUAGAAGUAAUUUCGGGCUGGAGCUUCCCCUCCCCCAAAUGGUAAAAUUUUUUUUUGUUUUUCUCCAAAAUAAAUAUCGUUUCUUAAAUAUCGUUAAACUUAAAUAUUAAAUGGGAAUAAGGUCACUUAUUAAUUAUUUAAUAAACUAUUGAAUGUUCAUUUCUUCUGUUUAUUGACGUUUCGUAUAUAAGCUACUGUAGUAUUCGUAUAUAAGCUACUACCAGUAGCUUAAUAUAUGUUCUAGUGGACGGUGCUGAGACUGUCGGUGUGUCCCUGCCCUGAUCGAAGCUCUAUUUUUUAAAAUUCUAGCUUUGAAGAGGAUCCCAUCGUAGACUUAUAAAAAGGAAAUACCGGGAUCGAAACGUCAAUAAACAUGGAAGAAAUGAACAUUCAAUAGUUUAUUAAAUAAUUUAUAAGUGACCUUAUUCCCAAUUAAAUAGUUAACUUUAAAUUUAUAUAUAUAUAUAUAUAUAUAUAUAUAUAUAUAUAUAUAUAUAUAUAUAUAUAUAUAUAUAUAUAUAUAUAUAAAUAUUUAUAAUUUAGUGUAGGUAAUGUAGUAUAACUUUUGAAACAUCUUUUUAUGAAAAAAGGGACACUUUUAUUCUAUUCUAUUAUUUAAAGUAAGUUUCCACUUCUAAGUACUUUCCUCUACUAAUGUAACAUUUCGGUAAUGAUGAACUAUUAUUAUACAAAGAAAAUAGUACUAUUGAAAAAACUCUAAACUACAUUCAACAAAUAAAAAUAAAAGUUAUAUCUAAGAAUAAUGAUCGUCGCUAAUGACUUUGUCAGUCGAUGAGACGUUAAAAAUCAUCAAAUAAAAAAAAAUAUAUUAUUUCAGCAAUCGUCUAUAUAUAAAACUGAAACUAUAACAUAACGAUACGAUCUUAUUUUAUCCUUUUUCUAUUUAUGGAAAUCAUACAUAUGUAGUUUAAAAAUUAAAAUAAAUAUAUUGACUUCUAAGUUUGAUUUUUAAUAUUCUAUUUUGAAUGAUUUAAAAUCAAUUAAAGUGCCCCAACGUUGCCACGUCUCCAAUGCGCUGUUGCCGUCCUGUCUCGGUCCAUUGCACUCUCAUAACUAGCUUAUUACUUAUUAAAAAAUUGACCUUAUUAUAUUUUAAAAAAUAUUAAUGCAAUCUCAAUAUUCAUUUUUUUUUUUUUUUUUGUGACAUUUUUUUCUUUUUUAACUUAUUUAUUGAAAAAUAUUACAAUCUGUCUCAAGGACAUUUAUAAUAGUGUUCAGAGAUCACAAUCACACUCUAUGUACAAUAAAUAUAUUUGUGACAUUAGAUUAGAGCUUUGCUAAUCAGCUGAAGUCAAGAAUUUUAAGACAUUUAAAAUUCUUUUGAGUUAAUGGGUCAAAAAGGAUAACAAAUUUAAUAUAGGGUAUAAUGUAAAAGUGCAUAUAGUUUAAGAAAUUAUUAGAUAACUUUCUAUAAACAUUAAAAAAGUAAAAUAUACUUUUUAAAAAACUUAAUGUUUUAAUAAUUAUUACAACGAAAGAGGAAGAAAAAUAAUGCCUUAAGUUUGAAACUUUGUAACAGUCAUAGCUGGUAUCUUAAAUAAAGAAAAAAUAGAAAACGAAUUGAAUAUCAAAAAUUUAUUCUAGUUCAAAGAUUUUAUUGAAAAGCAAAAGAUACCACUUGAUAACAAACUAAUUAGAUGAGGUUUCUCUGUUUACAAAUCUUAAAAAGAAGUGGCCGUAAAAUCAGUAAGGUGGAAAAUAAUCACUUAAGUUACAUAAAUUUCACAAAGUUAACAGAGUUAUGUAUCGAUAAAAAAAAAAAAUCAUGACUAUAAUUCAUAUCUUAAGUUAUAAUAUAUAAAGGUCGAAUUAUAAAAAAACAUUGUAAUAUUUUAUAUAUAUAUAAUAAAAGUCGAUAAAAUGCAAUUUAUUUGUCUAUAAAGAUAUAGCGAACUCAAGGCACAGUGGUCUGUCUCAAUUUAGCUUGGCAAAAGUCAAAAUAUCGAUAGUGAAUUUCUUAAUUUAAAAUGGCAUUAAACGAUUGUUUAUACAUCAUUGUAAUUAGAAACAGAAGAAUUAGUCGAAAACCAUACAAAAAUUAUAGGUAAAAUGGAUGACAAAUGAAACAUUACCUUAAGAAAAAAGCUAUACACUUUAGAAUUGUAAUAUUAUAUUAUUAUAGUAUCUUAUAUUGAGCGGUGGCAGUAACAGUGAAACAGUACUCUAUAAACUCGAGGUAGAUACAAUAGGAAGCUAUAUACUUACCAUUCUUCAUUUCUAGAACAAUCGAAUUUCGGGGUGUCCAUCACUAGUGAAAAACAAUUUUGUUUUUUU